UUUAACUUCUUUUUCUCUUCCUACUGGCUUGAACUGUCUCGGUGUUUCACACCCACUUUGCGAUCAACAACGUGUGUGUGUAACUUUAAAUGCCAAGGGAAAAUUGGGUCAGUGAGAGAGGGAGAGGAGCAUGUGUUAGAGGAGGAGAGGCACACUGGGAGAGGGGGAGAUAGUCAUGGAGAGAACUCCUCAGCAGCCCUUGAACUACAGUAACAAGUGGUCACUUGAGUAAUCACUGGUGAUUCAGAGAGAAAUACGUGCUCCCAAUAAUGGCAACCCUUCCCAAAGAGCCUGCCGAGGAUGCCAGGAAACAGAGUUUCUGGAUGCCAGGGAAUUAUGUACGCACAGUGCAUCGAACUGAACGGUCCUUCCAGGCAUGCAACGACAUAGUGGCCUGCUUCAUGGAGAGAGCAAAGGUAGAAAAACAGUACGCCCAGCAGCUCAGCCAGUGGAGCAGCAAGUGGAAGUCCAUAGUGGAUUCUCGGCCACUUUAUGGCUCCCUCAUGAGAGCAUGGCAGUGUUUCUUCACCUCCACUGAGCGUUUGUCCGCGCUCCAUUCUUCCAUUUCCCAGUCGCUAACUUCAGAGGAGGGAGUCCGGGUGAAGACCUGGCAAAAGGAGACCUUUCCAAAGAAAAUUUUCUGCGGGUUCAGGGAGAGCUACGACACCAACACAAGUUUUUCACGUGCGCAGAAACCCUGGUCCAAGAAGCUUAUGAAGCUGGAGAAGGUUCGAGUUGCAUACCACAAGGCCUGUCAGAGGGAGCAAGCAGCUCUGGAGAAAGAAAAGCAAGCAAACGAAAACUCUGAAAUGAGCCAAGAGAAAAAGCAGAAGAUGACUGAGGCCAGAGAGAAGGCCACGGAGGAGAAGGAAAUGGCUAGAGAUAAAUAUGAGAAAAUCCUGGAGGACGUGUCGACCUACACACCUCGCUAUAUGGAGGAGAUGGAAGCCAUUUUUGAACAGUCGCAGGAGGAGGAGAGGAAGAGGAUCAGCUUUCUCAAGCAAGUCUUCCUGUCCAUCCAUAGACACUUGGAUGUCACCAACAAUGAGAGUGUCAAGGCAGUUUACAGUGAGCUCCACCAAACUUUAAUGGCCAUCGAUGAGCAAGAUGAUCUCAAAUGGUGGAAGAACAAUCACGGUCCAGGCAUGCCCACCGACUGGCCAAAGAUUGAGGAAUGGGUCCCACCAGUAAAAAAGCUCAAGCGAAAGAAGAGGGACCAAAAAGGAAAGGAAAGCCGACCUGUGAUGAUUGGGGGUGUGAAGGUGCGAGCUUUGUACGACUACGUGGGAGAGGAGGGUGAUGAGCUGUCCUUUAAAGCAGGUGAGGUAUUCCUGAAGGUAGAGGAAGAGGACGACCAAGGCUGGUGCCGAGGAGUGCUGAGCGGCGGGAAGGAGGGUUUUUACCCAGCUAAUUAUGCUGAAGUUGCAGAAUGAUAUUAACACUGUCCAACAUAUUAUGCCCUGAACCUUUUUCUUACAAAGACUUGGUUUUUAAAUUCUUCGUAAAUACCACUUAUUUAUCGUCUAAGAUGUUGUCACACUGAUGUUGAGCUCGUGUCGGAUAGUAUCUGUCCCCAGCCAUUUUUUAAAAUGUUUUAAGGCCUUAAUUUUGAAACCGACUUGGUUAAAGUACAUCUUCAAUAUGAAUUAACUUAUGAGAGAAUAGAAUGUACUGUUUCUGCUGAAUGUGCAUAUGUGUGAGUGUGUUUGCAUGUUAAGAGAAAACACAAAAAAUAAGAGAAGAUAUUUAUUUACUGCCAUCAUGCCUCAGUCAUUAGAUCACUGUAAUACAGAUGAAGCUGAUAGUGAUUGUUGGGGUUUACACAAGUGCAAGUUUACAAUGUUGUGUGCAUGCAAUGUUAAUGCCUAUUUGAAUAUUAAGCGCAGAAAAUUGCUUGAUUGCAGGAGGAAUUAUCAAAAUAAAAGUAAUCUUUACCUCUGU